UCAUAGCUCUUCCUCAGAGGCGUUCAUAUUGGCAAUGAAUGCUUAUCUCGGAAUUCUGGGGAUGGUGUACUGCGCUUGCGCCAUGGUGUUUGAAACGCGAUUUCUCCAGGAGCUCGGUCGCUGCAGUCGUGAAGCCGUAUGAGAAGGUGCACCAGUUAACCGAACCGAGCUGGACAGGAACGGCAAAGGACUCUUUUCAUUUCAACAUAUCUGACAAACUGUUAUUUUAUCCCAGUUUAUUUUCCUCCUUUUUGGAAUCCGCAUUUCCCACGGUCUCCCCAUUGAUUAAUUCUCAAUAACACAGCCAUGUCGACCAAGGAAGACAAGCCCGUAGAACACAAGACCACUUGGAAAGAUUCUAUCUACAAUCCACGCACAGGAGAGUUCAUUGGCCGAACCGCCAGCAGUUGGGCCCUAAUCGUCGGCUUCUACCUGGUGUUCUAUGCCUUCCUGACGGGCUUCUUCACCCUCACCAUGUGGGUGAUGCUGCAGACCCUGGAGGACGACGUGCCCAAGUACCGGGACCGAGUGCCCAGCCCAGGUCUGGUGAUCCGGCCCAGGUCCCUGGACAUCAUCUUCAACCGCACCAACCCCAAGCAGUACGGCCCGUAUGUCCGUCACCUGGAGAGUCUCCUGCAGCAAUACAACGACACGAUUCAGGAGCAGAACGAGCUGUGCAUGGUGAACGAGUACACUGAACAGGACGAUGUGGCGGAGAAGAAGGUGUGCCAGUUCAAGCGCAGCCUGCUGCGGCAGUGCUCCGGCCUGGCUGACGCUACCUUCGGCUACGCUGAGGGCAAGCCCUGCAUCCUGGUCAAGAUGAACAGGAUUAUUGGGCUGAGACCACGAGGGGAACCUUACGUCAACUGCACAGCAAAGAGAGACACCCCCUUACAGAUGUCUUAUUUCCCCACCGAGGCAAAGUUUGACAAGAUGUACUUCCCCUACUACGGCAAAAUAAAUCAUCCUAAGUACGUUCAGCCCCUGGUGGCCGUGCAGCUGCUGCUGGCCAAAGAGGACUACAACACUGAGAUCGCCAUAGAGUGUAAGGUGGAGGGCUCCGACCUGAAGAACGACGAUGACCGCGACAAGUUCCUGGGCCGCAUCACGUUCCGGGUGACGGUGACCGAGUAGCACCCUCCACCCGCCUGCCCCACCCUCAGAGCGUCCGCUGCCAGAGCAGCACGAUGCUCAAUGUCGCGUGUUUCCAUAGCAACCACCCCGCCCCACUCGCUCCAUCCACCUCACAUCCACCCCCCCCUCCCCCCACCCAUACACUCUGACACACUCUGAUACACCCUACCACACACACCACCACCAGACUGCCACUUCCUGGCCCUGUAACUAAGGGGGUCAAGGUAAAGGGGGGACGUGGGCUACUCGUACUGUUUCAGAAGCAUGGUGUGUGCUGCCGGGUCAAAGGUCAUUCCCCACUCUACCUCUUCCUCAUGUAUUACUCUAACUACCCGCCCUGCCUGCUUGCCUCCUCCCACCCUCAGAACACACUGUCUCAGCAAGAAACGAACAGAAAAAUAAUAAUCAAAGCACUGUUACAAACAAAAGCAGACAAACAGGAAGAAACAAAAAGCACACACCUCCCCCAUCUGCCCCUUUCAGCCCCAGUAAGUGAGAGCCUAGCGACGCCGUGCCAUACUAGGGACCUGUAAAUAGACGUAUCAAAGAUAUGAGUUUGAUGUGGUCUUCUCUCCUGUAGUGCUGUGCAGCCUGCUAUGUGUGUACGUGACUGUGCUGUGUUGUCUCCCUCUAUGUACAUAUUUAAUGGAUUUAAGAAAAAAAAUUGAAAGAACAGAUACACUGUACCCCCCUCCCCUACCCUCAUCCUAUAUCUCACUGAUGUCUGACCGCUGGAAGAAAUCAAGAGUUAAGAAAUAAUAAAAUAGCUGUAAGUAAAGAUUAUUGAUAAUUAAAAUAUAUUAAAAGAAAAAAACACAAAAAAAAA